AUGCUCGGUUCUCUUGUCGUCCUGCUUCUUGCCAACUUGUCCAUCGCCUCGCCAACUUUGGAGAAGCGAGCCAUUACAUGUCUCAAAGUUGGCCAAACAGCCACUGCCUCGUGGACCAAUAGUGCUGGGAAGAAGUGUACUUUUACGGGCGUUGUUGGUAGCAACUAUGGUGCCAAUCCUUCCGGGUCAGGAGAUUACUCUUGUAACGGAAGAUGUGGAGCCGGGUGCAGCGGCACUGCUAUUGGCAACGUCUAUACACAGGAUUGCUUCUCCCACGAUAUCUGCUCGUACUUCAACUCCGCUUCCGGAGGUGCUAGUGACCCCAACUGCGGAGCUGCUUACAAUGCUGCUGUCGAUGAUACUGCUCUAGGUUUUGCGAAUGGUUGCAGCCAGACGAACCCAAGCAACAGUGUUGCCAAACCUAAUAGUGCUCCGAACGGUAACUGCGUUCACUCUGAAAUCCGAGACGACGGACGACAUCUUCAUGCUGACUUGGCCUGGCAUCGAUCUGAUUCGUUCGCUGACCGAGAACUCCUGUUCAUACCCAUGCAUCUGACCCCAGAGAAUGGCACUAACCCUGCAACUGAGGAUGGCACCAAAGUCCUUGAAGCGACCUUUGGAGAAAUCCCUAGACUCAGAAAACUCUGCAUUCUCAGCAUGCCUUCGACCCAGUGCGAUGCCCAAGUACAAGCCCAGGACUCCGAUACUAGUCGCAGAGCUCAAUGGGUAGCCAUCAGCAAACACCAAGCUGAGCUCAGCGAUAUUUGGGGAAGAUUGGAGCACCAUCCCUCCUACAACGGGGUCUUCUCCCUCGGCAAAGAUGGCAUUCUGCGCUCGCUGGGCCCCGACCGCGAUGUUCACGAUGCUGUCCCUUUAUCGCUUCAUUUGAUCAAGGCGCUUCUUGACCGUCUGCCUUUCCGCCCUGAGAAUGAGAUCGAUUUUUGUGGUGUCGAUGGCAGAAACACACCCAAGGAGCAAUGGUAUCAUCCCGACAAGGGUUUGUUGCCUCCGCCCCUCAUUCAGACGGAAGAACAGAGGAAGUUGAUUGAAUCGAAGAGGGAUGAAACAAGGAGAAGGCUGGAGGAGGCGAAGACGAGGCCGCGUUGCCCGCCCCAGAUCAUGUCGGACCACGAUCUAGGGCUGAAAGAAUUAUCAUCUGAAGAUGUAUCUUAA